AUGGGCGUAGCUGCUGAGAUAAAAGAACAACCCUUGGGACUGGUUGAGAUAGCCGACAUGCUAGACAGCUUCAGCCUCUCCGAAAUCGCCUCUGGCAGCACAGCCAUCGACCACAUGGUCAAUAAACUGAAGACGAGCAUGCAAGCGGCUACUAUACAGUCCGAAUUUCGCCGCCACUUUCUCGAACAUGGCUUACCUGUACCUGAUAUCUGGCUUACACCUCCGAUCAGUACCUCUUCAUCCACCAUGCUCACACAGGCAGAAUUACCCAGAGACAAAACAACUCUAUUGAGAGGGGGCAAGAUUGAUGUAGACAAUAUUUCCAGCAUGAACGAAAUUUUAGUCUGGCCGCCCGAGAUGCUGUCUUUCGAUCUGACAGAUUCAACAUCGCCUAUACUAUUUUCAAAGUUGAAGCGAUCUAUCAAAACGGUAAUAUUUGAACGAGGGGAACAAGUUCUGCCGGGUGAGCAGAGUCUGGAGGAUGGCAUGCGUUUCUAUCUGAAUGCUCGCAAGGAUGCGGCCUGCUUUAUUCAGUCUCAACUUAGUAUACAGGGACAAAAUAGCCCUGAAAUAAGCUACCGUAUCCAGAACAUGGUCGAGCGAGCAGUGCGAUCACGGAAGGGCCUACCGAGCCAGUUUUCUCGACUUAAGGGCAAUUUUGUCUGGGAUGAGAAGCUCCGACAGUUGCGUGGUAUGCAGUCGGCUCUGAUGGAACGUAUUGUUUUCCAGGUGCUCAACCAGCCCAGGAACCAUCCCAUCCGUCUAGAGGAAAUGGUCGAUCCGAUGUUGUUUCAAACUAACCCAGCAGAAAUGUGA